AUCUGGAGCAGUGUGAUUUACAUAUAUACGUACGUAGGUUGGGAGGAACAAAGAACCACCACCAACAUCCAGCAGUGGCAACCAGUCAUCUAUCUAUCUAUCUAUCUAGUGCUGCACCUGCAUAUCCGUUGUACCACUCUCACUCACUCCAGCCUGCCUCCACCUUCACCCACCGCACACACACACACGCACACACACACACACAUCUAGAUACGAUGCGCCUCGCCCCCUGACCACUUCUCCGCAAAGAAUGUGAACCACCCUCACCCCCACCCUCAAUCGAAAACACCCCAUACACCAUCACCACCCCAGACCUCCCCCAAAAUGCCCGUCUACAUGCUCUAUGGCUUCCGCUGGCCACGCGCCGGCUUCACCGGCAUCCGCGUGUACAUCGUACUGCACAACCUAGAAGAAGCGACAGCCGAAUACCUCCAACAGCCACUCACGACCUCACUGCUGCUGUCUUCGUUCCAAAAGACCGAAGCGGGGAUCAUCGACCGCCUCCCCCAACUACAGUUCAUCGAGCAGUACGACCCCGAGGACACGAGCGACGACGCGGUCAGCAAGCCGUACGCGUACGUCGGCGCCAAGGUGCUCUCCAUCCCGGAGGCGGGCGGCGCGCCCAGCGGCGAGACCAGCUGGACCCCAGAGGAGAUCUUUAAGGAGUCGCCGUUGGAUGACAAGGAGGCGGAGGCGUUGGUCGAGCUUCGUGAUAAGUAUGCCGCUGGGGAGAGGAUCGGGUGGUAUAUUGUUUAUAAUGGGGAUCCGGAGAGGUGGUUUCCACCUGAUGAGGAGGAAGAGGGGGAUAUGGAGGGGUUUGAGGAGGAUGAGGAGGGUGGGGAGGAUGGGGAUGGGGAGGGGGGUAUGCGAGUGAUCAGACGCAGACGCCGCCGGCGACGCCUUCUUCUGCUACGGUAGGGGUUUUUUUUUUAUGAUUGUGCUUUGCUUGUUUGUUUGUUGGUGGGAGAUGGCUAAUGUGGUUUAGAUGCGACUUCCGGAACGGUUUACGAGGCUUUUUGGGAGGAGGACGGCGUGAUAGAUGGAUGGAUGGUUGGUUGGUUGGU